AUCUGCCAGUGCCUUAUGCCUACAAUUCAUAAAUUAAUAAUUAAUAAUUAUAGGGUGGUUGUUUGGUUUAAGUUCGGUACAUUACUAAUUGUUAAACAGUAAUUUUAUUCUUUAUAAAUUAUAUAAUCAUUUGCAAAUACCUAUGUUGGACAGGUUUUGCCAAUCUUGUACAUAGAAUUUAUCAUACUCAGUAUUUAUAAGUUACAUUACAAUAUUUGCCUGCCGUUUCAAAAUAAACAUUCAAACAAUUCAGUUUUAUGCGAAGUAUUGUUUGUAAAGAUAGUUGACAACAUGUCAUCAAACGUGAAACAUAUUAUAUUAGUGAUGUCCGGUAAAGGAGGAGUUGGUAAAUCGACUGUGAGCACUCAGUUGGCACUUGGAUUAGUAGCUAAAGGAUACCGGUGUGGAAUAUUAGAUGUAGAUUUAUGUGGCCCAUCAGUACCGUUUUUGUUAAAACUAGAAAACCAAGAGGUACAUCAAUGUGAAGCUGGUUGGGUACCAGUUUAUACAGACGAGUCAAAAUCUUUAGGCGUGCUUUCAAUUGGAUUCUUGACCAAAUCUAGAAAUGAUAGCGUAGUAUGGAGAGGACCAAAAAAGACUGCAUUCAUAAAACAACUGCUUUCUGAUGUUUUCUGGGAAGAUGUUGAUUAUUUAAUCAUUGAUACACCUCCAGGCACAUCCGAUGAACACAUAACAGUUAUGGAGAAUAUUAAAGAAGCUCCAUGUGACGGAGCAAUACUUGUAACAACUCCACAACAAAUUGCUUUAGAUGAUGUCAGAAAAGAAUUGUCAUUUUGUCGUAAAACUGGUAUUCCGAUACUAGGUAUAAUUGAGAACAUGAGUGGAUACGUUUGCCCUAAUUGUUCUGAGUGUACAAAUUUGUUUUCAUCCAACGGCGGAAAAUCAUUAGCUGAACAUUUCCAAGUUCCCUUUUUAGGAACUGUACCAAUAGAUCCAAGAGUAUCUUCCGAAACAUCAAAAUAUGUCGGUUUAACUAAUCCUGAAUCACCAAUGGCAAUAUCUUUUAACUCAAUUGUUGACCGUGUAAUAAAUCCAAACUGAUUAACCUAAUUAAUUUUCAUACUUAAAUACAAAUUUAGUUUCAAUGUUUAUUGCAUUAAUAUAAUAUACUAUUUGCCACUGCCAUAGAACUUUUAACAUUCCUAUACAGCUAUUAGGUACAAAUGUACAUAUAUUAUAUAAAAAAAGUAAAUAAUAUAUUGAUAACAGUAAACGAUUAAAAAUUCUAUGUUUGGUACAUGUA